AUGGCUGCAACAUCAAUCAUGUCUGGAGCUAUGUCUCCCCCAGCCGACGGGGAGGCAGAUGUUUUUGUGAAGGCGGAGGAGGAAAACACAAAGCCCGCGCUAACUCCCCCAACGAGCGAAGGAACCAAAGGCAAUCGGGACGACUCUGGUUCUGAGCUCUCGGACCUGGAGCCUGAAGAACCGCAAAUUACAAAGCCAGUUGAAGCGCCAAAUAGCGACGAUGCUAACGCUGAGAUUGUGCCGGAUCAUUAUUACGAAGAUGGAAAGAUCCCAGUUUUCAAGCCGACCAUGAAUCAAUUUCGAAGCUUCAAAGAUUUUAUCAGCAAGAUAGAUAAUUAUGGUAUGAAAUCUGGUAUCGUUAAAGUCAUCCCACCAGAGGAAUGGCGAGACUCUCUUCCGGCCCUUGACGAAGCGGUAAAGACGAUUCGCGUCAAGAACCCUAUCACUCAGGAAUUCCAUGGAACACAUGGUACAUACACACAGGCCAACGUUGAGAAACAAAGAUCGUACAAUUUGCCUCAGUGGAAGGGCCUGUGUGAAGAAAGUAAUCAUCAGCCACCGGCUAAAAGGGGAGAAAGAAGACGUAACCAAGAAAAGCCUACACAAGCCCGCUUGACUCGCACGAAACGGGAACCUUCACCAGCCCCGACUGGGAGGAAAAGAGGACCUGGUAGGCCAAGGGUAAGACCCUUGCCUGCUCCCCGGGAGCGAAAGAGCAGUCAUGAUAGAGCCACAAGCGAGUCGAGUACUCAAGUGCCCCCAACCCCAAAAUCGCCUUUGCCAAAGACGGCGGGGAAAUCAAAGAAAUCAAAGAAAUCAAAGAAAUACAAGCCUGCAGAUGAUGACGACGAGCCUAAGUCUGGAGGUCGACAGCCAAAAUCUGUCUCCUCAAGACGGCUCAACAACAAGCGUGAUCAAGUAGAUUUUGUAGACGAAGAAGCUUUCCACGAUUUCGAUUACCGAAUUUACAAUCAAAACGAAUGGACGACUGAGCGGAUGCAAGAACUGGAGACUGCUUACUGGAGGAGCCUUAAUUUCAAUAAUCCAAUGUACGGAGCAGAUAUGCCAGGCUCCCUUUUCAAUGACUCGACAAAACACUGGAAUGUUGCUCAUCUGGAGAACCUGUUAGACGUACUUGGCCAGACGGUUCCAGGCGUCAACACAGCGUAUCUAUACCUAGGCAUGUGGAAGGCUUCCUUCGCGUGGCAUCUUGAAGAUGUCGACCUGUACAGUAUCAAUUAUAUCCACUUUGGAGCUCCAAAGCAAUGGUACAGUAUUUCGCAAGAAGAUGCAAGGCGAUUUGAAGGAGCCAUGAGAAGCGUGUGGCCGACCGAUGCCAAGAAUUGCGACCAAUUUCUUCGGCACAAAACGUAUCUCAUCUCACCGCAGCUACUUCAAUCGCAGUACAAUAUCAAGGUCAAUCGCUUGGCCCAUUUUGAAGGCGAAUUCGUCAUUACUUUUCCUUAUGGGUACCACUCUGGAUACAACCUCGGCUACAACUGCGCCGAGUCGGUGAAUUUCGCGACCGAAUCAUGGCUUGAUUUUGGCAAGGUUGCGAGAAAGUGCAACUGCGAAGCUGAUAAUGUUUGGGUGGAUGUACGAGAAAUUGAGCGGAAGCUCCGAGGCGAACCAACCCCUGAAUACUACGAAGAAACGGAUGAUGAUGAUGAAGACGAUGAAGAUGUCGACUCAGGCCUGCCUACGCCUCCGGGCAGCGUGAAAGGAAAGCCCAAGCGUGGACCUAAGAGAAAGCGAGCAAUUAACGAAAAGGAGAGCAAGCCCAAAAUCAAGAAACUUAAGAUUCGUGUCAAAGCACCCGCCUUCGAGCCUUGCAUCCUAUGCCCGAACGACAAUAAGUUUGAAGAGCUACUACCUACAGAUAGUGGACAGCGCGCUCACAGAAUCUGUGGCUUCUACACUCCUGAAACGUACGUCUCGGAUGAACCUGACGGAACAUCAAUGGUUCGUGAUAUUGUCAUGAUUGACAAAGCCCGCUGGGAUCUUAAAUGCAAUUAUUGCCGUAGUCGGAAAGGCUCCGUCUUCCAAUGCUCCUCCAAAAAAUGCACGAAGGCCUAUCAUGCGACAUGCGCCAUGCCUGCUGGUAUACAAAUCGAUAUUGGACCUACCUCGGUUUACGGAGAAGAUGGUACGGAGUACGUACAUACCGGCCAAGACUUCCGAUGUCGCAUACACCGCAGUAAAAGAAGCAAGAACGCUGACAGUUGCAACCUCGAGAAUAACGAACUUAUCUACUCGAAGGCCAAGAAGCUUUGUGUUGGCGAGGCAGUGCAAGUGCAGUUCUAUCAAAGUGACAUCUUUGCUGGCAACGUCAUUGAGAACAGGAAAAGCGAGCAGAACGUCUUGCUUGAUGUUCUACCGAAUGGAGACCGACUUGAGGUGGAUUGGAAGUGGCUGCUUUUCUUUGACCCUGUCAAUUCACAACUGCCGGUGCCAUCAGAGGACGCCAAACCUUUGCCAGCGGACAUGCUCCGGAAAAAUAGAACUACCGCUGAAGACCCUGCUGCAAAGGUCGAUAAGCCCAAGCCUAAUGAGCCGUUCUGCGACCCCAACACCAUCUACAAAUGGUCGGAAUUUGAAUCUUGUCGGCCAUUCUUCAACAAAGCUCAAGAAAAGAUCGAUUUACUGAAACCUGAGCAGCUUUGGUAUUUCCUUGGUGAAAGAUCGACAGAAGCGAAGCAGUAUUACACCCAUGAUCCAUCGAUCAGACGUCAUAAUCAGAAAUCCAAUUUUCUGGAGCUCGAGAAACUAAAAGAAGUUGCCAAGUCCAUGAAAGCCAUCAAAGACCAGAAAACUUUCUUGCCUCCUCCUGGUUCCGUCAAUCAGCAUGCCAUAAACGCUGCUCGAGCCAGUCAUACCACCAACAGUCACUUGACCUACUCGCAGCCCAGCGUCCAGGCAAGACCGCCAACGUCAAAGGAAAGGCCUUACACGGGUAAAUAUGCUAUUACUGAUCCUGUAAUCCCACAAGCUCGUUCCAAAAACAACUACGGCAACACAGAUAUGCAGGCCCUACAGAACCAGAAAAUGUUUCAACAACGAGCGGCAGCUGACACCGCGCAUCAAUACCGUCCGAAUUUUUAUCCGUACGACCGCUACAACACUUCAUCACAAGGAAUGCACUUGCCGAACACAUUGCAAAGGCCGACAGCUCCUACGGCGCCAAUGAUGCCAACAUUAUCUGUAGCUCCAACCCCUUCGAUAUACUCACCUGACCCUCAAUUCGAUGCCGCAGCGCUGCUACGAAAAGUCAAUCUUCCUGCCAUGAGCCCAACUCAAGAAGUCUCGCUUGCUCCAAUUACACAGUCCUUAUAUCACCAUCAACAGCCCUCAAGCUCCCGACCACCAGCACCAGUGGCAAACAUGAUGAGCAGCAUGCCUCAAGAAAGGCCGCGCCAGGUCGAAUACGAUGGUUUUGAGCGACAACCAGAUUCUCAUCCCGCUAUGUCAACACCACCUCAUUCGGCGGUAUCAACAUCGUCUAGUGUAGAAAGCGUGGUGCAAAUGGCUGGCUCAGCCAUAUCUGCUCCAGCAACGAAAGGGGUGUCGCAUUUGAAACUCGAUCCAAAAUACAUCUAUCUUCAUGAGGCUGAAAAGGUACGGCCUCGAUUUUACCAGUCACCCUAUGCACAAGGAGGUGGCUUCACGGAGCCCUAUCUCCCAGUCGCUAUUGCAAAAGAGAAGUCUCGCCCUCGAGGCCAAAGCAUGAGUGAGGCCUAUCUCAUGGCCCGCACCCCAAGUGAACAGGAUACUGUAAAUGCGAAAGUCUCUCAGGAAAAGGUCAAAUUCCAGCAGCAGCAGCAACAAAUGGCAAGUCAACGGCGACAAAGCAUUGGGCAUCAGCAACAGCAUCAACGACCCUCCUAUCAGUAUCACCGUGCUGCGCAAUCACAGCCCUCCCAUCUCCCAAUGUCAGCAAUCCAACGGCCUUCUUCAAACCAUAUGCAUCCGACCCCGUCGUCAUAUUUCGAUAUUCAUACGCCCAUCUCCCCCUCGUAUCCAACGGCAUUUUCGUCGACUCCAACUAAUUCCUACUAUCCACCGUCAUACCAUCCUAUGCACCAUCAACCACCAAGUCAGUAUAAUCAACACCAGCUCCACUACACCAAACCCGAACACAACGCCAAUGCGUACUUAAAUCAGAGGCCUUCCCUGACUUUUCAAUCCACGCACGACUUCCAAGAGCAAAUGAGACAAGAAGCACAACGCCCUUUCGCACAUGAAUCAAGCUUCGAACGUUUCACGCAGCAAUUAAAGGAUGCUGGCAUCAACAAUCAAAGCGGCCAUGCAGGAAAUUCGCAAUGGGGUACUGACGGGUAUCAUAGCCGUGAUGGGAGCAGCAGUAAUGGUCACAGCCACAGUAACUCGGGGCAAGCGGGCAGCCCUCUUCGAUACGAGCUUGGUAUCGGAGGAGAGGAGAUGUUGCCAAUGAUGCCUUGA